AUGCCUCCCAACCCGACAUUCCACAACCGCGUGGACGACCACGACUCCGACAGCGACGAGAGCUUCCAUUCCUUCCACGAAGAUGACGAGCCGAGGCCAACUACAGCAACGCCAUCAGCAUCUCGAAACCCAGCUCCUUCCGAGACCAACGCAAACCCCGCUGAGCCGGUAAUCGAGCGCUUCGACCCAGAAGAAGAAGCCACUCUACUGGCAGAAUCGAACUCAAUCAAAGGCGAUGCCAAUCAACUCUUCGGCAAGGGCAGCUUCGAAAAUGCCAUCCAGACAUAUGACCGAGCUCUGGCCUCAUGUCCCAACUACCUAGACUACGAGCUUGCAGUACUACGAUCGAACAUAGCAGCAUGUCAUCUCAAGCUCGAAGAGUGGAAGGAGUGCGUGGAAAGUGCAGAUAAGGGUGUCGACUGCCUUGAGCGACUGUGGCCAUUACCCAUCACGAAGAAGCCUAAGGCGAAGAAAGAGAAUACAGAUGGCAAAGCCAUCGAAGAGCCCGACCCAGCAGACGGCGUGGAAGAAGUCGACGACGAUCUCGAAGAACGGAUCGAGAACCUCAAGAAAUCACGACGAACACUGGACGCAGUACGGAAACUACAAAUCAAGCUCCUUAUGCGAAGAGCAAAGGCGAAGACGGAGCUCGGCGGAUGGGCGAGUAUGCAAGGUGCUGAAGAAGACUACCAUACGCUCUUAAGUCCUACGAUGCUGCCUUGCUUGAGUGCUACCGACAAGAGGCAGGUCACAGAUGCUGCGCGGAGGCUGGGACCGAAGCUCAAUGAGGCGAAAGAUCGGGAGAUGGCGGAGAUGAUGGGCAAGUUGAAGGGGUUGGGGAAUAGUAUACUCAAGCCGUUUGGAUUGAGUACGGAGAAUUUUCAGUUUGUGAAGGAUGAGAAGAGUGGUGGGUAUAGUAUGAACUUCAACCAGGGAGCUGGCAAAGGAUGA